AUGGGCGUCAUCCGCUUCCCACGCCCCACGGGCAUCUAUGUACCUAAUUCUCCUACACGCCUCACCAACGAUAUGAUCUCUCCUCCGCUUUCAUCGGACUUCAAUUUCGAUGCCGAAACCAUAACUCCCUCCACGUUGCCCGCUCUUGAAUACAUCUCCACCAAACUCCAACAACGAAUGAUGCACGUCACCUUGCUUGUCGGCCGGGGCAAGCCCUAUCCGACCGGCGAACCCUCCGACCUGAUGAUCAUUCCCAUUACAUCUCUCGAUGCCCUAGGAUGGCGUAUUCUCGAGCGAGCUAUCGCCAAAGCCGCGAAGAAAUUCUCCCUGGGCCAGAGUUGGUCUGAUGCAUUGAACCGCAGCCAGUACGAACGCCAUGCAAAUGAGUACUUGGUCCAGCAAUCAAUUUUACAAAACGAGGUCGUCUUCAGCCAAGAGGGUCUGACCCUGCUAAACAUGGACCGCAUCUACACCUUCAAACGCCGACUGUGCAUUCUCUCCAAUCGACCUUUCUCGCGCACAGACGACCAGUCCAUGGCCUCGUGCGUGAAGCUUCUCCACCGCCUCAUCGACGAUUUCCAAGGCCGUCCAUUCAGCAAGGCAUUCUUUCACCGCGUAUAUGAGCAGCUCAAUGUGCGCGACGACCUUCUCACUGCUAUUGCAGCUGCUUACAAAAGCGCGCACAAGUUGGAUGCGAUCAUCCUGCCUCCGCAACCUAAGGCUGAGCAACAGAAGCCAGCGAUUCAGAAGCCCGCUGUUCGGAAGCCCGUCACUCAGAAGUCCGUCGCUCAGAAGUCUGUCGCUCAGAAGCAGGCCCCCAAGGCCGUGCGAGUUAAACGUCCGGCUCAGCCUGCUAAGUGCAGCAUCCAGAGAAUAGGCGCUCCGGCGAAGCGAGGGCCCAAGACUCCCCCUCUCGGCGUCAGAUGUGACUCCAAUCACUAG